AUGACCCGACCCAUGAGAAUUCAAGAAAGUUUCGGUUCUAUGGGCUAUGUGAAUCAGAACGGUGCUCAACCAUAUGCGGCGCUUUCUCACCCUGACUAUAUUCGAACGGGAACAACAUGCGCUUCGCGGUCAAAGAUUCCUUUUCGGGUAGACCAUGGUCCCGCCAUCCUCACCAAGACAGCGCAAUUGACAAAACAACAUGAGCGACCGUCUUAUAAGCAGCAACGCAAGAUUGCCUCCAGCGUCUGA